UCAAUAUACAAUACAUUGACAUGAGAUGUUUCUUUUCUGGAAGAUGUUGACGGGCAUUAUUCUAGAAAAGAGCCAUCAUUCCAGUAUGCUGAAAACAUCCCCUCAAGCUCUCCUGGUCCUAAAAAUGAGCACCAAAGGCCAAAGUGUCAGAGAUAAUGAUUGAACUGAUUCUAAAAAUGAGCCAUCCAGUAUUGGUGAAAUCGUCUCCUUCAAGCAUUCCUGGUUUCAAAAUCAGCAUCAAGGCCAAAGAGUCAGAGAUAAUGAUGAUGAUGAUGAUGACGAAGAAGCUGGCUUUGAACCAUCGAGUUCUGACGGUGCGGAAAUGGACUUGGCUACAGGCACAUCUUGUUUCAAGAACAGACAAGAAAGGGCAAGCUUAAAGGAUGACGAUGGGAGUGUUUCUAGAAAUGAGCCAUCCAGUUGUGCUGAAAACAACUCCUCUUCAAGCUCUCCUGGUUCCAAAAUGAGCACCAAUAGCAAAAGUACAGAGAUAAAGAAUGAACUGAUUCUAAAAAUGAGCCAUCCAGUAUUGGUGAAAACGUCUCCUUCAAGCAUUCCUGGUUCCAAAAUCAGCAUCAAAGGCCAAAGCGUCAGAGAUAAUGAUGAUGAUGACGAAGAAGCUGGCAUUGAACCUUCCAGUUCUAACUGCAGAAAUGGACUCAGCUACAAGCACAUCUUGUUUCAAAAACAGACAAGAAAGGGCAAGCUUAAGGAUAAGGCUGGUAAUGAAGGUUAUGGUGACGAAGAAGCUUGCUCUGAACCUUUAAGUUCUAACGCACUGUUAGAAAAAAGGACACAUCUUCACGCACAUCUGGUUACAAGUACAGAGAAGAAAGGGCAUGUAAGGGGUAAUGAAGGUGGUGGUGACGAAGAAGCUUGCUCUGAACCUGUAAGUUCCAACGCACUGUUAGAAAAGGACACAUCUUCACGCACAUCUGGUGUCAAGUACAGAGAAGAAAGGGCGAGCGUAAGGGGUAAUGAAGGUGGUGGUGACGAAGAAGCUUGCUCUGAACCUUUAAGUUCCAAUGCACUGUUAGAAAAGGACACAUCUUCACGCACAUCUGGUUACAAGUACAGAGAAGAAAGGGCGAGCGUAAGGGGUAAUGAAGGUGGUGGUGACGAAGAAGCUUGCUCUGAACCUUUAAGUUCCAAUGCACUGUUAGAAAAGGACAAAUCUUCACGCACAUCUGGUUACAAGUACAGAGAAGAAAGGGCGAGCGUAAGGGACCCUGAAUCUUCUGACACAGACCAUGAUGUGCCAGUAAGACAACCACAUGCAAAACCUGGGCCGUCCACAACUGUAACCAUGUCGGGUCAUCCCAAGAGGCUUCAGAAACUCGGUGAAGACCAGAGUCAUCUUUUGAAGACGCUGUUCAAAACGAAUAUUGUGUUGAGGAAGGAGCUUAAGCGUGAAGACUGUGAAAGAGUAAUGCAAAAAUAUGAAAUUCUACACGGAUUGUCAUGGAAAAAAAAUAAAAAACACGAUUCAUAACUGGAUUACUGCUGAAAAGUGAAAACAAAAAUGAUUUUAUAGCUUUUUAGCCCACCUGCGCACAAUGUUCUCAUGGUGAGCUUUUGUGAUCGCUUUUUGCCCGUUGUCCAUCUUGCGGCAUCAACAUUUGCCUUGUUAAUAUUCUAGAGGUCACAUUAAUUGUCCGAUCUUCAUGAAAUUUUAUUUGACGAUUUGUCCCAAUGAUAUCUUGGAAAAGAUUACAAAUGGUUUCGGUUGGUUGAAAAACAAUAAUUUACACGCCAUAUACUCCAUACUUAAAUCAAUAUUGUUAUAUGCAAAGCAGCAAUGCUUAAAAGAAAUAAUACAAAAUUGGGAGGGGGCAUUACUCGUAUGAAAACAAGAUGGUGGUAUUUG